AUGGAAACAUCAUCUUCGCAUCAUGAUAAUAGCAAUGCGACUCAAGAAACGGAAGUACAAAAGCUGAUCAAGAACUUUGGAUCUUACACAACGCUACAUGGCUUGCAUUUCCUCUUUGAAUCCUCCUCCGCAGUGCGUCGUAUUUUGUGGAUUAUUUUGAUGGUCGCUUGUAUGCUAAUUUUAGCUUUUCAGCUCAAGUAUUGUUACCUUAAGCUCCAAAGCCACGAAAGCCUUGUAACAAAAGACAUUGAGUACUCAAAAAGUUUUCUUUUCCCAGCAGUUACUAUUUGCAAUCAAAACAUGCUUCUGAAGAGCAAAAUACUUGGCACCGAUGCACAGAAAUACCUGGACGACAUUGACAAUCUCAAAUAUGUAUCGCGUCGCAUCAAUUCUUCAUUUAACAUACUUGAAGUUGCGAAAGAAGCAGGACAUAAUCUGACGGUCAUGAUGAAGCGUUGCUCGUGGAGAGGCCAGAGAUGUGGACCGGAGAAUUUUACUUCCUUCGCUACCCUCCUUGUAAGUGCCAGUGUACAUAUGGGCUUCAUUAUUUUGCAUAUUCUUAUGUAUGCGUUGUUUUGUCCGCACGCUUACGUCCUGUUUUUUAAUAGUUUCUUUGACGCUGCGCAUCGCUAAUAUAAAGGAAGCCGAAGUGUUGAAUAUCAUCCACAUAUAUGCCUGGCGUGGUUAAUGUUAGAAUGUCAGGCAGGCAGGUCGUUAAUAUACAUUAGGAACAAAAGUGGCCCUAGAAUAGGGCAUUGGGGAACUCUGCAAGUAAUUCCUCAGAGGAAAGCUGGUCAUUUAUAAUACAUUGCUGGUCCCUGUUUGUGUUAUGAGUUAAACCAGUAUAGCUCCUUACCGACAAUAUCAAUUGGAAAACGUUCAUUCACCUUUAAGGGAGUGUUCAAACAAGGUUUUUUUCUUAAGCGGUCACAAGUUGAACAGUCUAAACUACUUGUGAGGGGUCCUUUAAAAAUGUUUCCACUGUAUUUAGGGCAGCUUCAAACUGUGGUCGGGCAGAGGUCAGACAUUUGUGCAGACGCGUCUAGAAACUUUGUGCCGCACUACAUCCCGUGCAAAAUUCCCCGCCCCAGUUGUUAAUCCUUGGAAAAUUAAUGGCAGUGGUCUCUGCGAUUUAAACAGUUCCUAAAAAAAUGGCCCCCAGUACUGAAUUUACUAACGUAAUCUUGUUUCACUUGGUUCUCCACCGACAGCGAGGUCUAUGUUACACGUUCAACUCAGGUCAACCAGGCCAUCCCUUAGUAAACGCCACUGCUUUGGGAAUAAGUCAGGCUUUGAGUCUAAUACUAGAUGUGCAACCUGAAGAAUAUUAUGGCCCCUUUAGCUACGAUGCAACUGGCAUCAAGCUUGUACUUCACGAGCAGUAUGAGUGGCCACAGGUGGAAAACUUAGGAAUUGACCUUACACCGGGCUACAACACAAAUAUCAGGAUAAAACGAAACAAGGUGUCUGGUCAUUGAAUAGAUUAUAUUUUGAGAAUUAGUAUGAUAUGAAGAAUUGUACAGGUCUACUGAGGUUGAUACCAUCCUCCGAGUUGUGCAGAUUUCUUCAUUUUAUACAAUAGCCGAAUUUAAUAAUUGUUUCAUUAUUAUUCAGUCAAAAUAUUUCCAAGGCCUAAGUGUGCAGAUUAGAGUUUAUCCUAAUGUUACAGACGAAGUCUAAUUUACUCCACGAUAUACACACACGUCAAACCGUCGAAGAGUAAUCGUCUGACAAUUAAAGCGGGACUAUUUGUUAUCAGUUGUUUAAUUCACCCUUUUUGCUGUCAGGAGAAGUCUUCCGUUCAUACAUCACGAUCACCCUGAAGAAUCAGUGCAGAGAAAGGGGGGGGAGAGAGCGUAUAUCCGCGAGUAUAAGACAUGACUGGACAACUUCAUACAAAUCGCUGUAUUUUCUCAACCCAAGCUUAAACCUCUUGAUACCAUGAAUGAGGGGAUGGUCUAUAAUCAUUUGCACAUCCAUUUCCACGUGUGUUGUUUGUCGCAAGUUUGCCGUAAUUAUGAGCCCGCAAUACCAUUUUUAAUCAGAGAUUAUUGGGUCUUUAUGUGCUUUAAUCGAAUAUCUAAUCUAACUUUCAAUUCCUUGUCGUUUUAUGACAGUAUAUUGCCCUCAAACCGCCCUUCCGCCCUCCAUGUGGCACAAGAAAAUUGAUUACUUCACAUGUCUACUCCUCAAGUCGGUGCUUAAUGGAAUGCGGUGAAAAAAAACUGAUGGAAAUAUGUAGCUGCAGCCUCCCAACCAUGCUGCUUGGAGGUAAUAGAUACAGUAUGAAAGCAAACGAAGUAGAAUAAUUUUCAAACUUUAGCUUUUUUUGUUAGCGCUAUAUGGUCCUAUUUGUUAAAGGUCUGAAACAUAUCUUUGACUUGCCUCUGUGUAAAAGAGUUUGCUGUCCGUACUCUCGGAUUUAUAGUCCAAACGGUCUUAAACUGGUGUAUGUAUAAACUCUGAGUAGUUUAAUGAGAUAUACUUAUUUCGAAAUUAAAACGGAGAAAAAAUUCCCUCUUUUAUUAAAUAUCCGGAUACAUAUAGAGGAGGCCUUAAUUUCCUAAUUUUUUUCCCAUUCAGGCCGUUAUAGUUUUAAAAAUAAUCUAGAUGUUUUAUUAUCUUUUUUAGAAACGUUCAGUGCCUCAAAGAUAUGCUCCGCCCAAGAAAUAAGAGAUUGUAUACUACCCAAUACUGGUAAGUUGAAAAAAAGAACUCUCAAGAUCGGAAAAGGGUUUUCGUCAACUAAGAGCUGUCUAACUUCCUCUGCCGCUUUAAGAAACAUAUUUCAUGAUUUUUUUUUUGCAUUGAAAAACAAAGAUAAGAAAUGACUAUGUAACAAAUGGCUUUUUUCGAAGAAAUGUGCCCUGGCAGGAAGGAGCCUGUAAUGGCCGCGGCAGUAUAAAAGAUAGUCAAACGAGUUUCCAUAAUUAAUUAGAGGACAGUGAAUGUAACUACAUAUUUUAUUGCAUGCUGCCGAAUGCAUCGCCGAUAACUUAAAGCCAUUCGCCGUCAUUUGCAUUCGGUCACCAAAAGUGGUCAAAUGUACGUCUAGUGGUCAGCGGGGUCAAUAUAGGUGCGUUCAGUUGCAUGUGUUAGCUCUGGAAGAGGAAUAAAUAGAAAGUUCGGAAUACUCCUUCGAUUGACUUGCAAAAAGCGGAAUAUAAAUGAGACUAUCUAUGGGCAUUUUCGACGAAAUGAGAAGAUCUCGUAUUGAUGAAACGACGAUCAGCGACGAUCUUAUAAGGCUGAAGAGGUUAGUUGUGUGAAGACAGCGAAGAAAUCUACCAACACACUUGCCAUGGGAAACAUCGAUCAUUUUCGUUUCAAUUUACGUAUCUUUUGCCUUUUUUGUCAUUUCUGUACUAAACUUGGCUUGGAAGUUUAAAAUAUUAAGCGAAUGAAUUUGGUGUAUAGUUUGACAUCAAAUUGUCAAAAUAUGACGUCAUAAUUGCUAACGUCAUCCAUAUGUAAAUUUAAAGAACAUCCAACAGAUACGUAAAUUGAAGCGAUAUUUUGCCAGUGUGCAAACAGUAUGAUGGACGUUCAGAGGCUUUGCAGUGCUUUUUACGUCUAUUGCGUUUUUAUGUUCUCUUCUCCGUCGUCGUCAUCGUAGUUGCGAUGCUCAGCUCCCUAGCAUCGCGCGCUUCCACCCUAAACGAUUCUUGAUAUGCAAGCAAUUUCGUUAAAAAAAUCGACGACCUGAUGGAAAACGUUGACGAAAAAGAAAGGUGCCGAUAUAGAAGCUCAAAUAUGCUCCAAACAUUCUGCUCCCAGGAGCAGAAUGUUUAGAAAUAACUGAAACAGAAUAAUGGUAAACUUUCCCUCGCGUCGCGCUAGUUUUCGCGACAAAAAUGGCCGAUGUCGGCGGUAACACACCGAAAUUUUUUUUGAGGCAGUCCCACCUAGCUGUUGGUCAAGGCGGUCACGAGUAAUCAGCUGUUCUCACUUUGAUCAAUUUAUUCAUGUAGUUUUUUAUAAGGAACCUCACUGCAUUUACUUCAAUUCUAUCAUGUAUCUUAUAGAAGCAGAGUUCAAACAUAUUUAAGAUCAAAGUUUCGAACGUUUUGUGGCAAUUUUUGACAGGGUUGGUUACCAGCAAAAAUUGUGACUGUCCAGUGGAAUGUGAACAAGUGUUAUAUUCAUCUUCUUUGUCCUCUGCGUUCUUUCCAUCAACUCAUUACUGGGAUUCUAUUUAUCAGCUUUUAAAUGACAGUUCUACUAACAAAACCAAAGUUACGAUUACAGAAGUUCAAGAGGCAAUCAGGUCAGUUACCAUAUAGUUAAAGACAUUCUUUCAAUUUUAUAUUAUUUUUUGAUUAUGCAAAACAAUCCAUAAAACAUGAAAUAAUCUCUAUAAAAUACUUAAAACUUAUGGAACUCUGAUUUGACAUGUGGCUUUUUCAUAAUGUCAUGAUGGAACACGUUUGUAGAAAAAGUCUUUAAUUUUGGCAGUGCAAGCCACUGACACUUCAACCCCCUCAAAAAAGAAACUACCUUAUUGAUACUUAGUGAUUUGAUAUAAGCAUUAAGAAUUUAUUAAAAGGAACGAUAACACGGCACUGCCUUUUUUUUCUUUUUCUUUUUUGCUUUUCUUGUUGACAGAAGGCGCAUAUUGAAAGUGAACAUUUUCUACGAAGAUAUGUCAACUGACAUCACAAGAAUAAAACCAGCGUACGGAAUCUUCGACUUCGCAUGUAGGUUUUAUCAGUUCACGAUCAUACAGUGUAUUAAUAUUCCUGUCUUGACUUCUAUUAAGUUAUAAAGAUUUUUCAUUUUGAAUUUGGCUCAUCGUUUCGGUCAGUUUAUGAGAUACAUAAACGAGCGCGAAAGAUCUAGACCAUACCUCGUGUAGCAAAAAGAUCUUCGCUCUCCGUUUACCGUUUAUUAUUCUUCUUCUUCUUAUUAUUAUUAUUUCUGUUGUUGUUUCUAUAAAUGCUUAAGAGUUAAUUUGCAUGAAGAGUUAAAGCUUGAAUCUAGUGUUAGGUUUUGAAUCAUCUUUACGAAAGUACGAUUUCUGUCUUCAUCUUAACUGUAUAUACGAUUUCCCCAUCCACUUUGGUGAAAGAAACUUCCGUUUUUGUCAUGGUUACCAACGCAUCGACAACUUCCGGUUAUCUGUCCCUCAGGUGUUCGAUGACCAGGGAUCUAAACUGCCUCUAAAGAUUGUCACCAUGAGACUUAUAUGAAUUAGCCUCUUUUAUCCUACGAGAAUAUCGACGAGUCUAGAUUAAUCAACUUGAAAAACCUCUGUCCCGAGCGGAUACUGCCUGUUCUGGAGUCUUGGCCUGUUCCGGAAACAGAUGCUGAAGUCUGAGUUCGUGAAGCCGUAUGCCCCUGAAGUCAUGUUCCUUUAUCCGUUCCGUGGAUACAUAUCCAUGUUUCUCAAAUGUAUUUUUUAUGGUGAAUAAUUUUUUGUUAUAUUUUACUUUUCAGCUGACAUAGGCGGUAGCAUGGGAUUGUUCCUUGGCUGCAGCUUUCUGACGUUGUGUGAAUUCCUUGAUCUCCUGAUCAUGGUUUGCAUCAAAUACUUUCCAAGAAAAAGCAAUUACCAACUGAAGUCCAGAGCCGAGAAUCAUAGAUUCUAA